AUGGCAUUUCAAGUGACUCGUACUUUCCGGCGCAGCAUCGCCAUGUGCUCUUCGCUCGAGCGCCGACUCGCUGCGGCUCCGCUUCAUGGCGUUAUAGUUGUUGGCGGUGGGCAUGCCGGAUGUGAAGCCGCUACGGCAUCUGCCCGUGCUGGCGCUGCCACAACGCUUGUGACGCCCCACGUGAACAAGAUCGGUACCGCAUCGUGUAAUCCGUCGAUGGGAGGUGUGGGCAAGGGAACGUUGCUCCGUGAGGUGGACGCUCUCGACGGUGUGGCCCCUCGUGUUACAGACAAGGCCGGAAUCCACUUCAAAACGUUAAACGCAUCCAAAGGUGCGGCAGUCCAAGGCCCACGAGCACAGAUCGACCGCGACAUCUACUUACGAGAGAUGCAGCGCACAAUCAUGCUGUACCCAAAUUUGCAAGUCCUUGAGGCGCUGGUAGAGGAUGUGGUUAUAGCAGAGGGCCCAAAGCCGGAAGUAAGGGGCGUUGUGUUGGGUGAUGGCUCGGUGCUCCGGUGUAACCAGGUUGUGCUCACAACGGGCACGUUUUUGGGUGGAGAGAUUCAUAUUGGCAUGACCGCAUACCCGUCUGGAAGAAUAGGCGAGGCUGCUACUACAGGCUUGUCUCGAACAUUGAAGCAAGCCGGGUUCCGCUUGGGCCGCUUGAAAACGGGAACGCCGCCAAGGUUACUGUCCAAGACUAUUGACUACCGCGGACUUGCACCUCAACCAUCCGACAUGCCGCCACAGCCAAUGUCAUAUCUAAACGAGCGUGUGGAGUUAGAAGAUCGGUUAGUGGAGUGCCAUCAGACGGCAACCACACCGCAGUUUCACCAGUUGGUUCGUGAUAAUCUUCAUCAAUCUAUCCACAUUCGCGAGACGGUCAAGGGCCCACGCUACUGCCCUUCCAUUGAGUCGAAGGUGAUUCGGUUCCCUCAAAAAGACAUGCAUGUGGUGUGGUUGGAGCCGGAAGGCUUGGACUGUGACAUUGUCUACCCCAACGGUAUCCUGUGCACGAUGCCCGAAAAUAUUCAAGAACAGUUAGUGCGUAUGAUGCCCGGAUGUGAAAAUGUUGUCAUGCUCCAACCAGGCUAUGGCGUGGAGUAUGACUACGUGGAUCCACGCGAGCUUCAUCGCACCUUGGAGACCAAACGAGUGGCUGGUUUGUUCUUAGCUGGUCAAAUCAAUGGCACCACUGGUUAUGAAGAAGCUGCAGCUCAAGGCUGCCUCGCGGGAAUUAACGCGGGUCUUGCGAAUGUUGGACGUUCUCCUCUUGUGCUCCGCCGUUCAGAUGCGUACAUCGGAGUUUUGGUGGAUGACUUGAUCACGAAGGGCGUAGAAGAGCCUUACCGUAUGUUCACACUGAGGUCGGAGUUUCGUUUUUCGAUUCGGGCCGAUAACGCAGACAAGAGGCUCACAGAGAUGGGCUACCGUGCCGGUGUAGUGAGCGAGCAACGGUAUCGCCACUUCGCCAAACAACACGAUCAGUUCCAAGCUGUGAAGCUGCACCUCAAGUCGAUAUCUAUGUCAGGUGCUCGUUGGGCACCAGCGUUGAGAGGAACCCACCGUGUGAACAACAUAUCUGUAGUUGAUGGUUGGAAAUUGCUUUCUUAUAAGGAUAUGCACUUGGCAGACUUGGUUCCACAUUUGGAAAAAUUGACUGGAGCUCCACUUCCAGAUUGCUACCAAGAGAUGUCGAGGUGGCUUACUCAACGCAUUGAUGUUGAGGCCACAUAUGAGCCUUGGCUCAAAAAAGAAGAGGCUCACUUAAAAGCUUUUGAAGCAGACGAGAAUUUGUUGUUGCCCAUGGAUUACACAUACACCAACACUGGAAAUGUCAAGCUUUCGCACGAAGUGUGCCAUCUCCUCAACACCAUCCAACCACGUACAAUCGGCCAAGCUCGCAGGAUCCAGGGAGUCACACCAGCUGCACUUUUUGAGUUGUUCAAGUUGGUGCGGAACAAUCAAGCUGAGUACCAGGAAAAGGAGGAAAAAUCAAAUGUGGAAAAGCCUCAGGAAGAGGCUUCGCUUUAG